AUGUCGCAACUGUACAAAAUCGACAUGCCCACGUGCAUCAGCCGCAACUCAAAAGAAACCCGAGAACCUGAGCUUGUCAGGUUUGCAACACAACUACGAUCCCAGUACAACAGCGUCGGCGCCAUAAGGUUCUGCUGGGGCGGAUGGGCAGUGUUCAACCUCGGCGCAAGGAGCAACAACGGCUUCGUGAACUGCAUCUCAACCGCACACCCGUCAUUGUUGGAAGAGACGGAAGUAGAGCAAGUGGGUGCGCCAGUUCAGAUCCUCGCGCCUGAGAACGACUUCAUGUCGUCGCCGGAGAUAACCGCGUUUGUUAACAGGGUGAUUCCGAGUUUAGGCGUGGCGUAUGACUACCAGCACUUUUCCGGAGCGGAGCCCUGGUUCGGAACCAGAGACGAAAUUAAUUCACGUGAAUGUAGCGCCGUAGUUUUGGCUUAUGGUGUUAUAAUCGAUCGGUUCCAGCUAUGGUUGAAUCAACAACAGGAUUGA